GUGGGCGGGGCCGGGCCGUGUCCAAGAUGGAGGCCGUGCCGCGGAUGCCCAUGAUCUGGCUCGACCUGAAGGAGGCCGGAGAUUUCCCCUUCACCCCCGCCGUCACACAGUACAUUUUGAAGCACUAUGGUGAAAAUCCAGACAACUACAGUGAGGAACUGAGGAAACUCGAUCAGCUCAGACAGAGCGCUGUCAAUGUAACGAGAGACUUUGAAGGAUGCAGCACAUUGAGGAAGUACUUUGGCCAGCUUCACUAUCUGCAGAGUCGUGUCCCCAUGGGGUCAGGAGAGGAGGCAGCGGUCCCAGUUACAUGGACUGAGAUCUUUUCCGGCAAAGCAGUAACCGUGGAUGAGAUCUGCUAUGAACAGGCCUGCAUUCUCUAUAAUCUAGGAGCCCUUCACUCGAUGCUUGGAGCCGUGGAUAACAGAGUGACUGAGGAGGGCAUGAAGGUUUCCUGUACGCACUUCCAGUGUUCGGCGGGAGCUUUUACCUACUUGUGUGAUCACUUCAGUCACUCGUUCAGUGUCGACAUGAGCCACCAGAUCCUCAACCUCAACAUCAACCUCAUGCUGGGACAAGCACAGGAGUGUCUGUUGGAAAAAUCUAUGCUGGACAAUAGAAAAAGUUUUCUAGUAGCAAGAAUAAGUGCUCAGGUGGUGGACUAUUAUAAGGAGGCUUGCCGUGCUCUGGAGAACUCCGAGACAGCUUCGCUGAUAGGAAAAUUCCAGAAAGACUGGAAGAAGCUGAUACAGAUGAAGAUCUAUUACUAUGCAGCCGUUGCACAUCUACAUAUGGGCAAACAAUCCGAGGAGCAACAGAAAUAUGGAGAGAGGCUUGCUUACUUUCAAAGUUCAUUCGACAAGUUGAACGAAGCAAUCAAGUAUGCAAAGGGGCAACCAGAGACUGUACAAGAGGCACUGCGUUUUACCAUGGAUGUCAUUGGGGGAAAAUACACAGCAGCCAAGAAGGAUAAUGACUUUGUCUACCACGAGACUGUACCACCCAUUGAUUCACUCACAUCUGUGAAAGGAGCGUCGUUGGUAAAAGCCCUCCCUGUCAACCCAACUGACCCAAACGUGACUGGUCCUGACAUCUUUACAAAGUUGGUGCCAAUGGAAGCUCAUGAGGCCUCGUCUCUGUACAGUGAAGAAAAAGCUAAAUUACUACGGGAAGUCGUGGAUAAAACAGACGCCAAAAAUGAAGUCUUAGAGCAAUUCAUGGAUUCUUUGAGGAUUGACCCAGACUCGAUGGACAACCUGGACAUGUUCAAUCAUAUACCCCCGGUCCUGAUGGAGAAGUGUGCUGCUCUGAGUGUGCGUCCCGACACAGUGAAGAGUUUGGUUCAAUCCAUGCAAAUUCUGUCCGGGCUGUACACGGACGUGGAAGCAUCGUUGAGAGAGUUGAAGGAGCUGAUGGAUGAGGAUGAAUCGAUGGAGAAGAAAUGCCACGAGGUGACUGGCAAGCCGUGCCAGCCCAGCGGGACGUCGGCCCUCAGCAAGGAGUGGCUCAAGUACAUGGAGGUCCACGAGAAGGCCAGCUUCACCAACACUGAGCUGCACAAGGCGAUGAAUCUGCACAUCAGCAACUUGCGGCUGCUGAGCGGACCCUUGGAUGACCUCCGCGCUGCCCUUCCAACCCCCACCGUCACCGAUGAGGACAAGGCCAUCCUGCAGAACAUGAAGCGAAUCUUGUUGAAGAGUGAGGAGAUGAGGGACCAGCGCUCGACACUGUUACAGCAGCUCCGAGAUGCCAUUCAAAAGGACGACAUCACCACAACACUAGUAACCACAGACCAUUCAGAAAUGAAGAAGCUGUUUGAAGAACAACUGAAGAAAUACGACCAGCUGAAAGUUUACAUUGACCAAAACCUGGCUGCCCAAGAAAACAUCCUGAAGGCCCUGACUGAUGCCAAUGUCAAGUAUGCUGCUGUCAGGAAAGCUCUCACUGAAGCAGAGCAGAAGUGGAAUGAUGCUACCCAGAUGCUUGUGACUUCAUUUGAAGCUUACGAAGACCUGAUGAAGAAGUCUCAGGAAGGAAAGGAAUUUUACGCCGAUCUGGAAAACAAAGUAACAAAGCUGCUGGAUAAAAUGAAGGACAUUUGCAAAUUGCAGGAGGAACAAAGACAAGCGCUGCUAGAGCAGGAGAUGAGAAAGAAGGCACCUCCAAGACCCACAGCCCCGAAACCCCUACAGAAACCUUCUGAUGCAGAGCUGGAAGCCAUGUCAAAUAUUGAAGACUUGGACAUGCAGACGUUCAACGCAGGCCUUCCCUACAAUGACUUGCCCAACGAGUUGACCAGCUUGCCGCCAAGUUCCCUUGCUGCUCACCUGGGGGUGAUGGCCGGCGACGGGCCGUAUCCUGCUGACCCUGCGGCGUACCCAAGGCCCAGGCUUUCGGGGCCGGAUGUUUACUUUGCUGCUCGGACCACCAGCCCGCCUCUACAGCCGCCGUUGCCGGGCCAGCGGUUCGCGGCGGCCAUGUAUUACCACGGCGGCGUGGGUCCGCGGAUGCCGGCGUCCGCCGGUGGCGUGGCCCAACCGCUCUACGCGGCGGGAAUCAGCCAUUCGGGCCCGCCUUCAGUCAGCGGCAGCUGCGGGCUCCCCAGUGGCGGGAUGGGCCCGUCCGUCUCCUGCCCCGUCCUCCCGCAGAACAUGUCCGCCUCCUCGCCUCCGCCAGCGCCGACCUUCCCCGCGGCCGGCCGGCUCCGAGACCCCGUCCCGGCGCAGCCCCACUUCACAUCUGGACAUUUCCCCCACAGAGGGACCUCGCCCCAACAUCUGCCCCCCAACACUAUCUGUGCUGCCCCGUCGAUGGGUCACCCUUACAGCACCGGAGUUGCGUAUGGCAACACGGGCUUGCACACGCCCGCCGAGCCCACCCUGGCCUACCCAGGGCAGUUCUGCGGGCAGAUGCCCGGGGUGCAGACCCUGCCCCAGACGGCCCUGGGCAUCAGGCCCUCCACCACCACCGUGGACAGCGUGCAGACUCCCAUCUCCAGCUUCACGCCGGAGCCUCGCCUGGCCGUGGGCAGGCAGCCCGUGUACGAGGCGGCCAUCCGGCAGCUCCCCGCCGCCGCUCCCGUGUCCGGUAUAGGCGUGGUCUGCCAGUACCCGUACCAGCCCCGCUUCCCCAACAUGCCCCCUUUCCCAGCCCCAGCCCAGCACGCGUACCCACACCCCGCCCCGCUCCAUCCCGACCACCAGCGUCAGAUGAGGCCUGUGAUGAUCAGCCAGCCACCUUACCAAGCGCCUUUCUACCCCCAGACCGGGCUGCCCUUCCAGCCCCAGCCCAGAGCUCAGAGCUCGGCACACAUGCCCCCACCACAGCCUCAGGUCCACCCUCAGCACGGGAUGCAGCCGCAGCUGAGACCUCACCUGUACCAGCAGCACCCCGCUCAAGAGCCCGUCCAUCCGCCCACUCACCCCGGUAACGCUGGCUUCCCCGUAACACUGGCCGGAGUGCAGCCGCAGAUUCCAGCGCCCAUGGUUCCCCAGCGCCACGCCCUGCCCACUGCCACCGAGGCUCAGUCCAGGUCCUUGCUGCCGGCCUCACCUGGCCUCCCGCCCCAGCAGCCGUUCACGCCCCACCUCCACCCUGCCCUGCAGCCCGUGCCGCUCCCCAACAUGGCCGCUCCCCAGCCCGUGCCUCUCCCCGGCCACAUGGUGGCGCCGCAGCCCGUGCCGCUCCCCAACAUGGCCGCUCCCCAGCCCGUGCCGCUCCCCGGCCACAUGGUGGCGCCGCAGCCCGUGCCGCUCCCCAACAUGGCUGCCCCCCAGCCCGUGCCUCUCCCCGGCCACAUGGUGGCGCCGCAGCCCGUGCCGCUCCCCAACAUGGCCGCGCCCCAGCCCGUGCCGCUCCCCGGCCACAUGGUGGCGCCGCAGCCCGUGCCGCUCCCCAACAUGGCCGCUCCCCAGCCCGUGCCUCUCCCCGGCCACAUGGUGGCGCUGCAACCCGUGCCUCUGCCCAGCCACAUGGCCGCCCCUCAGCCCGCCCCGCCCGGACCACCCUCCGCGGGCCCCCUGCAGCCGUUCAGUUCCGGCCCCUCUCUGCCCCCGACCCCGUCCCCUUCCCCAACGCCGGUGGCGCAAGGACAGGCGGGCUCUCUCCCCGCGGCCCUGAUGCCCACCGCCAUGCCCGGCCCGGCGGGCAUCCAGCAGAGGCCGUCGCAGACCCUCGCGCCCGCGGCCACGCAGCCCGGCUCCGACCUCCCCUUCCAGCGGCAGAACUCGUCCACCGACGACCUGCUGUCCUCCAGCCCCGACGGGCAGCACGGCGGCGCCCAGACCGCUGUCACGCAGCCCCUCCUCCUGCCCACCAAGGCAGACGCCAAGGACGGACACAGGCCCAAGGGGAUACAGAUCAUCGAGCAGGACCCCUACGAGAAGCCCGAGCACGUCAAGAUGCUGCUCAACCAGUUGGGGAGCUUCAAGGUCAUCGUUGACUCACUCGACAGACCUUCCUUUGGAAGCUUGACCGAGCUGGACUGCAAAUGGAAAGACCUGCAAGACGCCCAGGAGAAGGACGCUCGGCAGCUGUCCAUCGCCAUUGCGCGCUGCUACACCAUGAAGAACCGGCACCAGGACAUCAUGCCGUACGACAAGAACAGGAUCGUGAUCCAGUCGGGCAAGGACGACUACAUCAACGCCAGCAUGGUGGAGGACUUGUCCUCGUACUGCCCGAGGAUCAUCGCCACACAAGCCCCGCUCCUGGGAACAGCCUCCGACUUCUGGCUCAUGAUCUACGAGCAGAAGGUCUCGCUGGUGGUCAUGCUUGUCUCCGAGCAGGAGGUCGACAAGCAAAAGGUGCUGCGUUACUUCCCGACGGAGCGGGGGCAGCAGAUCGCGCACGGACCCAUCACCCUCACGCUGACCACGCAGAAGAUCACGCAGACCCACGUGGAGCGCAUGAUCGGGCUCCAGUACAGAGACCAGAGCCUCAAACGCACCAUCAUCCACCUGCAGUUUACCUCGUGGCCUGAGCUGGGUUUGCCGGAGAGUAAAAGUCACCUGUUGCGUUUUAUCCAAGAAGUGCACGGACAUUACCUGCACCAGCGUCCACUACACACACCUGUCGUUGUCCACUGCAGUUCCGGAGUGAGGAGAACAGGAGCCUUCUGCCUGGUUUACGCAGCGGUGCAGGAAGUCGAAGCUGGCAACGGCAUCCCCGAUCUGCCGCGCAUCGUCAGGAACAUGAGGCAGCAGCGCAAACACAUGCUGCACGACAAGCUCCAACUGAAGUACUGCUAUGAAGCCAUCCUGAAACAUGUGGAGCAGGUUCUACUGAGGCAUGGAGUUGCCACCAACCUGUCCACCAAGGCACCCACCUGUUCAUCUCAAAAGAGUUACAGUCGGCAAGAACUGCAGGACUUAGUGCUGGGCGGUGACCUGCCCAUCAGCUCCAUUCAAGCCACCAUUGCCAAGCUGAGUAUCAGGGCAUGUGCCGGGGGCGCUGGCGAGGGCAGGGCCGGCCCACUGCCCCCCCUGGAGCCAGUGCCCGACCCCCCUCCCAUCCUCCAGCAGGACCCGCCCAUCAAGGCCCCCCGAGCUGUGGAGGAACCGCCUUCACCACCGCUGCCGGCCGAGACCACCCUGGACACCGGCCAACCCAGCCAGGCCCUGGACACAAGCGGGACCACCCACACGCCCAGCGCCGCCAACCACACCCACACGGAGACCGAGGCAGAGAGCAAGGCGGCCUCCCUCGACCUCCUCGCCUCCCUCACCGCAGAAGCCUUCACUCUGGACACCAACCCCCGCAACAGGCAGAAGAUCAGCAAGCACAACUUCCUCCAGCACCAGAACAACGGGCAAGGUCUCCAGACGCCUACCACAGGCGAGGACCCGCUCAGCCAGCUCGACCCACUGUGGACCCUGAACAAGACGUGAUGGCUCUCUCCCUCUCUCUCCCUCUCUCUCUCUCCCUCGCUCUGUCUCAACGCCUCUUGUUCUGUAGCGGGGGCUGGGAAGAGGAAAAUGUGAUCGGGCCUUUCGUGGGGACGUCAGUGAAAUAGGCUCCCGGUUUGUUCUGUAUAAAUCAGAAAGAGCUGUAUCCUGUAUGCCGUAUAGCUCCUACAUGUAUACCAGUGAGGAGUUGUCCCUCCCCAUAGCAUCAAUGUAAACAGUAAAUUAUUGCUCUGUGUAAACCACUCAUCUACUCUGGUGUUUGCCGCCAGGUCGAUUGGUACCAAGAGUUGUCGGGAUGUCGGAACUUUGUUCACUCUCUAGACCGGCUGCUUUUCGGACAUCUCGCACGACAAUUUGUUUAAUUUCAAGAAUUUAUAACAAAUCACCAUUCUGCACAAAUUGCCCUGCUUUUUGCUCACGGCCAAAAUAGUUCCCCCCGCUGUCGAUAAGUUGUUUUACUCUUGCUCUCCGGUUUGUAUCACGACUGAGGCAUGUUUCUCCGCAACCUUGUGGAUGUGGUCUUUGCAAGCUGCUAUCCAUCUAUCUAUCCAUCUAUCCCCUGGUUAUGUUCUCAUUACUCCCCGACUCUGGGCUCUGAUCCAGUUGCACGGGGUGACGACUUUGCUGUUGAGUCUUAACUGUGAAGGUCUCUGGUCGACUUGCAUGAAGGGCGGCCUGUGGUGGAUCUGCCUGGAGAAUUGCCUCCUCCUGAUGCCCGCCUCAGCAGUUGUGCAGGUCCCUGCUGUUGGGGGCUGCCUGCCGGGUUUUUGUUAGCAAGGGUGGAGAGCAAAUGUUGGUUCAACUGCGCUGGUGGUACAGCCUUGUUUUAGAAGUGCAUCAACUCCAAGUCCUUGCCGAGCAGCAGUGUAAACUACCCGGGCAGGCGGCUAGACUAGUCUCACAGGUGAAUGGACCUCCAGCCACUCCUUGCUGAACCUGUCCAACCAGACAUGAGUGGACAACACAGACAGACACAGAGUGCUGGAGUAACUCAGCGGCUCACGUAACAUCUUUGGAUGCGUGACGGUUCGGGUCGGUACACCUGCUUCAGACUGAAAGUCCGAACAGUUGCCAAUUGUGAAGCCAGAGGAAGGAAUGUUGGUGGAAGGGGGAUAUAGGUGUGAGUCUAGGUG